CUCAGCCAAGUUUCACACCUAUGCACGGUUCAUGGCAUGUUUUAGAGAUCGCGCUAUGGUCAUACUAGUAAUAAAAUGGCGGGAGUUGUACACGAAUUUCAUUUGGUAAACAAUUUGUAUUUAUAAAAUGGUAAGAAAACGGCCGGUGCCGUGUGUUACGGCGCCAGAAGUGAACACCGCAACGAAACGCACACCGAAGCGUCCCAAGAAGUUUACCGAUUUUAUAUUGACCACAACAAAACGCUCACCCGUACGUCCCAAGAAGUUUACAAAUUUUAUAUUGACCACAACAAAACGCUCACCCGUACGUCCCAAGAAGUUUACCGAUUUUAUAUUGACCACAACGAAACGCUCACUCGUACGUCCCAAGAAAUUGUCGGUCGGAGCUGAUUUGACCACAACGAAACGACCACCACCAAGGCGUCCCAAGAAACUAUCAAACGAAGAUAUUUUGACUACCUUAACCGAGCCCGAGCGUCGCAUAAGAAAAUGCGUAGUAAAAAUAAGACGCAUUAAGGUGCAAAAGGGUGUCGGCUCCGAAGAAUCUCGGAAUGACCCGCCUGAUGCCAGCACUUUUGAGCCGGCUCGCAACUCGACGAUGUACGCUCCUCCGAAGGUACAGAAAUCAACGAUACCCCAAGAUAUCAAGGAAAAGGUGGCAGAUUCCAAAACAUCACCAUUUCGGCAACGCAUAGGGAGAAUAUGCCUUAGUGGACCGGCAGCAGAGAUUUCGGCCAAGAAAUCAACUCGUUUCUUCCACAGAGAUCAGACUAUAAUCAGAAGACGAUCAUCGGUAACCCGAAACGUCUUCGAUUUUAUCUCGCAGUCCCAGAUCGAAGAUGACAAUAAUAGGGAGGAUCCCGCGGCAGACAUUAUUAAGCGGAUGGUUAAGGAUGGAAAGGCCUGCGUAAUGGUGCGGUCAAAAGUCGGCAAAACUAGAGUCAAAAGAACUGCGAAAAAGGUCCGACCUGUGGGUAGGCGAAGAAAGAUUUCGACAAAAGAUAAGGAGCCCGAGCCGGUACAGGUUGCCUCCAAGCCCAAAGAACCACGCCUUCAAAAGCCAUCACGCUGCUUAUCAACCAUUUUCGAGCCCGAGGAAGAUUCUAGCAACGAUUCUGAGCAGGGGUACGUGCAGCCCAUCGAAGUACCUGUUCAGGUGCAUGUCGAGCCGAGCACUUCUAAGCAACCGCAUGUCGGAGCCUACAGUAAUUUGGCCCGAUCCGUAAUGCUUAAUCAGACCCAGGCGCAAAGUUCACUGGCAUCCACAGACAGACGCCGAGAGCUUAUUAACAAGGCGCGACAGUUGGUUAGCACGCCACUGAAUCGCAGGGUUCCUCCGGUGACAGAAGUUAGUGCUUCCACCGCUGCAUUGUCGCCGAUUACCCGCCAGUCUCCCAAUGCAGUUGGCACGACAGGAGGGGCAUCCCCCUGGCGCGUUUCCGACGAAUCCCCAUUGCCAAAUACUUUCAUGUUUGGUUUCAACACCUCCCAGAUGCCAUCGUACUCCAGUGAUCACGUGCGGCGACGGCAUGUCUAUGUGCCAGAUGUACCUGUACAGCAAUCUGAGAACAUCCCUCACGAGGAAUCCAUUUGUCCGCCUUUGCAAGAGCAAUGUCAUGACUCAAAUGGAAACGACUCGAAUGAGGAGAACCGACCCCCUCCCACAAUUAACACAUCGAUGCCGAUCAAUGACCAGGAAAGCGCAGAGAAUACAGAUAACUUUGUGCACCUGCCAAAUCCUCGGAGAACGGUGCAGAAACGAAUGCCUUUCAAGGAUAUUAACAUACUAGAAGUAAUGACGCUGCCGCCUUGGAAGAAGAACGUGCCAGCCACUAUUUCAAAAGAAAUCACUCCUACCAAAGUGGACCCUCAUCCAAUAGCAACUUCAUCACCAGCGCAACGCACUCAAACGCGGGUGAAUCUUUUUGGUUACGACGAUGCAUUGUCAUGUGAAGAUAUACCUAGAAAAACAACGACUCCCUCAAAAGGUAUCGCUCACACAAGUGUGUCCUUUAACCGAGAAGUGACUACUGCUUUAGCUAAUCGUAAUCAAAUGGAUGUAAAUACUUUCGGAUGUCAGGAAAUAUCGCCCUGUGAAAAUAUACCGAAUGAACGUACGGAAACACGAACGUCACCUUCACGAAAUCUCUUUGGAUUCGAUGAAUUUAUCACCGAAUGCGAAGAUGUGCCAUCCGAUUCCAUGGCGUUGAGUCAAAACGGAAAUCUGCAUGACAAGCUCCAUCGUCUGGCAGAGCUGCGACCCAGAGAAGGGGAGCUUCCACAACUAUCAUGGACCCCGAAUCGUUCCGAUUACCUGCAAUUGCAUUCGAAGCAAAUGGAUAUCAGAGACGUGUUUUGCUCCACUAUGAUUGCGCUGCCCUCAGCGGUGAAACGGAAAGCUGCUGCACUGGUUGCGAGGGAAUCGAUGGGACUGUUUGGGGUUGACCAAGACGAGCCGGAGCAAUCAUUUGCCGAUAAGCAACCCAGACGAACUUAUGUGAAGGAGCGUCCGCAGCGUAAGCGGAAGAAGCGAGUGCAGAUAUUGUACAUCGAGAGUGAAAGUGAGGACGAGAACGAGAACGAGCAGGACUCGCACGACAAAAGCCUUGAUUCUCCGCAGAAGAAGCAGCAACGCGUUAAACGGCCACGCAGAGACAUCGAGCAUGAGGCUAAGUUGCAGCAGUUCAUUUCCAGUUUCAACGAGCAAUGUGAGGAAGUGGAAAAGUUCCCAGUGAUCAUUGAAUAAUCGCAUUGCCUGUUUAUAAGUUUAAUUUUUUUGUGUUCAGAUAAGGGGAAGUAGUCGUUUUUAUUUUAAUGUGCUUUCGUUUUAAUGAUUUAUGUUUGGUACCUUGUUUUAUGUAAAAAUAUAGGAAUAUUGCGUGUCCUCGAGUAUGUAUAAGGACAUCAGUCUAAAAUGUGUCGCAGUAAAAAUUAACUAACCAAGUGUCUGCAAUGCACUUUAUGCAAUCCUAGACUAUUUAGACUACGCAUGUAUUUUUACUAUCAAAAGCUUGAAUUACGUACAGCUUUGAAGUUUCGGUAUUAUGCCCUAUCAUUAUAUAUUAAAUUAAAUAAAUUACAAAUCUUAACAAUCAUA